AUAUGGAUGCUAUUAGACAUUCGGGAUAUACAGAUUUUGAAUGGGCAGUAGAAUUAAAUCGCUAUAGCCUGGAAUUUAUCGGACUUUGGCCAAAAAUGAAAGAAACGACGCAAGAAAAAUUAAUGUCUAAUGUACGAGUGUUACUGUUAAUAAUUAUGGUAACUUUUUUUGGUGUAAUUCCCUGCAUACAUUCUUUGAUAAGAGUUUGGGGCGAUUUAAUGUCGAUGACAGACAAUUUACAAUUCACUUUACCUUUAGUGUCGAUGAUAAUGAAGCUCAUCGUCAUGUGGAGCAAAAAAGCUGCUCUUGCGCCACUCUUGUACAUGAUUGCUAAAGAUUGGCUAAAAUUGAAGUCUGACGAAGAACGGAAGAUCAUGAUAAGAUGCGCACGGAUUCCUCGCAUGAUCAUAAUCUGCGGAUUUAUCAUAAUGUUUGCGUCGUUUAUUUUAUUAUUUAUUCUUCCGUGCUUCGGAAUUACCAUGCGAUACAUAACAAACGUGACCGAUCCGGGCAAACCAUUGCCCCUGCAGACAUAUUAUUUCUAUGACACAGAUACAAGUCCAUACUUUGAACUUACAUUCGUCGCACAAGGUGUUACUCUCAUGGUGUCUGCCAUGGGUUAUACAGCGAUUGACAGUCUCUUUGGAUUGCUGAUUUUCCAUGUCUGCGGUCAAUUAAAGAAUCUUAAGGGUCGUUUAAUGAUAGGUUCUGAAAAACAAUCAAAUUUUGAUCAUGUUUUAGCAGACGCCAUAAUGGAUCAUGUACGCCUUAUCAGGUUUCGUACAUGA